GCGUUUUCGCGCAGGUCACAGCUGUCUAAACAUGGAGGUUGGCCGAAUCGGUUAUCUACAGAGUUCUAAUCGUACGUAAUAGCCCCUUUGGAUCGAAAUAACCAACCAGAAUUCGCUACCAAAGGUUACUACAUUUGACAGUUUAUCAUUCUUUGUUGUUCGAUCGCUUGUUGAUUGUAGAAUGACGAUGGAAAACAUGGGUGAACUAACCGAUCAACAAAUUAACGAUUCCUCGACAACACCGAUCACUUCGAGUCAGACCGUCAGUGAAGACGAGUUCACAGUUACACCUAAACAGGAAUUUGUGGACCCUAGUAGUGUUGAUAGUGCCAGUGUUAGUCCAGGUGUUGGCGAGUCAACACCUAGUGGAGAGUUACCUAGUUCGGAAUUAACGAGCGGGGAGAUUGACUCCCCUGCUUCUAUAACGCGUUCGGACAUAGUUAUUCCAGUCAGUAUGAUUGACUCACAUGAGUACCGAUCUCAGAUGGGGGAUCUGACAUACCAGACUUUGAAUGGAAGGAUUAGUCCGAGUUACAGCCCGAACAACUAUGCUACACUUACGCCGCUUCAACCUCUACCACCAAUUUCUACAGUGUCGGAUAAAUUUCUUCAGAAUCAGAACAACUUUCAGCUCAUGAAUAACGCAAUUAAUGGAUUACCUGGAAUGGAUAACGUUAUGAAUUUAAAUACAUACAGUUACGACAAAAUGAUGAACACUAUGACACCAGUGUCAUUACCCAUGGUUUCCAUGGUUGGACAAGUUAAUGGAUAUUCUAAUCAGUCAAUUGGUGUUGGUUAUACUACUUACAAUGUUGGACAAAAUGGUGUACCAUCACCAAAAUCAGGAGUUGAAAUGAAACCAAUUUUGUCACCAAAUCAUUCUACAGCUUACGAUCCGUAUCAGCAGAAUCUUAUAUCAGCACCGUCCCGUAUACAUUCACCCAUGAAAAUUAAACAGUGUGAUUCACCUAUUCCAAUGAUGCAGAGUGCAAAUGGGCUUCAUCUCAGCCCUUCAACGGGUAUGGAAAGUACCUCCCCACAUAGCAUGCACAGUGGAAGCCCUCAGCAUCAGGGGCUGGAUCAAAAUGGAAAAGAAGUUGAAGAAAUAAACACUAAAGAACUUGCACAAAGGAUUAGCAGUGAACUUAAAAGAUACAGUAUACCACAGGCUGUGUUUGCACAGAGAGUGCUGUGUAGAAGUCAAGGAACUCUAAGUGAUCUGUUGAGAAAUCCAAAGCCAUGGAGUAAGCUAAAGUCAGGGCGAGAAACAUUCCGACGGAUGUGGAAGUGGUUGCAGGAACCAGAAUUCCAGCGUAUGUCUGCCCUGCGACUGGCAGGUAAUCAAGCCUGUUUACAACCACAAGAAGCUGAGGGCCAAGGUGAGGACUACAACCCAUACAAUGGGUGGAGUGAUGGAGGUUCCUUUCCAAAUGAUGUGAAAAUUGAAGUGAAAUAUGAAAUUGACAGUGACCCGGGCAGCCCAGCUAACUCAGUCGUCUCCAAUGGAUCUACACUCGGAUCAGUGAAAAGAAAAGAGUCGGAGAUGUCUACCCCUCAGGAAAACCGCGGGCCAAAAAAGCCAAGACUUGUGUUUACUGACAUUCAACGUCGCACCCUGCAUGCAAUAUUCAAGGAGACCAAACGACCUUCAAAGGAAAUGCAAGCUACGAUAGCCCAACAGCUUGGCCUUGAAGUUACCACUGUUGCAAACUUUUUCAUGAAUGCACGGCGGAGAUCCGUUGAUAAGUGGCGAGAUGACAACGGUAAUGAUAACCGAGAAAGUGCACCUACCGGUAUGCCGAAAAGUUGAAAUUGUGUCAUGUGACCGUGUUGUUUCAUUGAAACAACUGAAAUCAACAAACUCCGUGAGUGUUCGCGAAAAAUAAAAUAAAGCAACAGGUUUCAUAAUAAACUAAAACAGAAUCGCUGAAUGUUGCUUGUUGAAUCAGGGUGGCGUGUGUUCAAAUGCAGUGUUCUGAGGCAAUUUACUUACACGUAAAAAUCAUUGCGGACUGUUGUGCGGCAAAUGAAUUUCAAUGGAUUAGAGUAGGAAAUUUUACUGUGUAUAGAAAAUUUAUGCUAUGUGGCAUCAUUUGUUGUACAAAUGAUAGACUAACUCAUCUGUAGAAUGUUGUGAAAUAUGUGUAUAGAUGCAUAACCAAAAUUUUUCAACUGUGUCUCAUGUUAUACAUACAUAUAUAUAUUGAAUGAUCUGUAUUUAAUUGAAUCUAAUGUGUAUAUAUCGAUGUUUUUAUUUAUACAACAUUCCCCAUUUACUGAUGUUAAAUCGUGUAAAAUUUUAUUUAGGUAAAGGUAUUGUUUUAGAAUCGUGUACGGCAGAUUCUCAGCUCAAGUACGGUAGCAGAUUAGUGAUCUUAUUUAUUUCUCAAUGUUGAUUUAUAAUGUUUUUGUUUUACCCUUAUUUCGUAGAAACGUAGCUGAGUUUUUUUCCUUCGGUUUUUUGAUCAAAUGAACUCCUAUUUUUAUCUUUGCAUUUUAUGUUGAUCUGAGUAUAUGAAUAUUUAUAUGUUUAAUGCAAACAGAUGUGCUGAACUUAACUUAUUGAACAUGAUUGUGCUUUUUUAAACAGAAAUCCAGAAUUCAGUAUAGCCAAGCUGGUUGAUACUGAUGAGUUCAAACAAAUCCAUAAUUGGUUAUGGGAAUUCAACAGAUCCAUUACCAUCCAUAUGGGAAUUCCAAAUUUUUGUAUAGAAAUUCCCUAAAGAGGUUGUGGAAAUUAGAAUUUUUUAGAAUUUAUUUGAAAUUUCGACAGAAUGAGUUUGUGUCACUGUACAUGUGGGGAAAGAGUUAAAGAUUGUUUGAAAAAGGGAUAUGUUUCUCUUCUUAAGAAUAAAGUGAACUGAGAAACGUAUUUAUGACUUUUAUACGUACUACCCUUACCAUAAAUCCAGUGCUUAGAAAUGCCAUUUUAGAAUACUAAUCAAAUAAAGGUAGUAGGUUUGGUCAAAAUUUGCUGAGAUACUAGUAUAAUGUAUACUUUCAGCAGGGGAAAAGAUUUAUGUUAGUAGGAGAGAGUGUCUCCAUUUCACACAGACAACUGUUCUUUGUAAUAAAGCAUUACAUAACAAAGUGCCAUCAUUAAUGUCUUUGUUUUCCACUGCAGUGUUUCUUCAGAUGGCAUUUUUUGUUUGAUAUAGUAAAUCCAUAUCGACUGAUCAAUCAGUACAAUUCAGGUAUAUCUCUACACAUCUUUAGGCCAUUUUUUUUGGCAUUCCAUAAUUUAAUUUCUCAGACUUCAGAAAUCCAAGUCUCACAAUGGAGUGUGAAAUCCCAACAACCUUACAAAUUCUUUCAUGGUCUUACUUUCAUCUUAUUUAUUUUUCAUUGGUCAAAACAAAACUCAUACAUCAUCGUGAGGCAUUCCAUGACAUAAUAAAUAUCAUUCCAUGAUACAUUAUAUGUGUAUAUUAGAGCAUGCCUAGGCAUCCAGUUGUAUUCUGUUUCCUUUUUUUUGUUACAUAAUAAUAAAAUCUCAGAAACUUCUACAUUCUUUUGUAACAUUCUUAUUCGUCUCCUUAUUCAUCUUUUCUCAUAUUUUGUCUUAAUGAGAUUUAAGUUUGCAUACUUUUUGGGGGGCAUGAUUUUUCAAAAGCUGCCUUAUUAAUUUCCUCCCUGGUAUCAUGCUUAGGGGUAUUUUGGGGGUACCUAUGAUUUUUACUUCUUUAUAAAUUUGUGCUUUCUUGACCAGAAAUAAAUUUCGAUUAUUUUUAAGGAUGAAGCUGGUGUUUCAUUUUGCAUUUUUUUGUUAAAAAUUAUUUGAAUGAAAUAUGUAGAACAAAAAUUAUCCAAUUGUGUCAGUGGGAAUAUUGUAAUAAUCCAAUCAUAUUGCUCGUAGAAAUCCAUCAAAAUAAUCCGGAAGUUUAUAGAAUAACGGAAUAAUUGCUGGCAAUUUUUGUGCAAUAAUACUUUUGAAGGGAAAAAAUGAUGGGGAAGGAAUAGAUCAAAAUAUCACAAUCUUCAUUCAUCAGUAUCAUAUUUUCUUACAUACAGGCGAAUUCAGGACAAGUGUAUAUAUUCACAUAUUUUUAUGUGACCCCUUUUAACUGAGUCAGUGUUGUGUGUGAAAAUGUACACGUGGAAAAAGCAUAUUUCUAAUGUGUUAUUAAAAUACAUAUUUAUAUCUAUGAAUGAUAAUCCGAUGUGUUACUUUUCCCAUGAAUUUGUGUGAAGAAUAAGUGCUUCUGUGUAUAUUUUAGUAGGGAGGGGUAAUACUGUUAAUUCGUAGUUAUUACCUUAGACAGGGUCUUUAGCCAGAUUAAAAUGUUUUAGACAAGUCCAUGUCACAUGACAAGGUACCUUAAUGAUUUAAGUGAUGUUGUUAUAUGAUAUAUAUUUAAGGCAAGAAAAAGCUGAAUUUUUACUUUUUGCAUUUUGUUAUCUGCUAAUAUUAUAAAAAUGGAUUGUAUUUUUAAACUCAAAUAAAAACAGAUAUGGUUCCUUUUUCAUGUGAUGCAGCUCAGUUUUGAUAAAUUACUUAAAGUAACGGUCACUAGUUUAUUUUCUUUAAAGCUUAAUGCCAUGUUGCAGUAUUUUUGUUAGCUUGCUAACCGUGUGGAUUUCAGAAACUUACAACAUGGUAACAUUUAGUAACAGAUGUUAUAUACAUGUGUCUCCAUAUCUGUAUAUGUAUAUACUACAGAGAGAGAAAAAAAAACAUAAUUGAUGUAUGUAAUGUAUGUGCCAUAUUUGACUUAAUUCACCAUCGUUAAGUCCAUUUAAGUUGGUAGAAUUUGCCAAAAACAGAAACGGAAAAAAACUUGGGUUAUUGUAAUCUUGAUAAAAAAGUCGUGGUAUUUAGAACAAUGACUUAAGAUGUUGAAAAAAAGCCUGUGGCACUCUAAUAUCUAAAUUAAUCUUCCUGAGAACCUUAAACAGCUGGUUAAGAAAGGUGAACAUUUUCAAACAACAUGGCAGCAGAUUUUACAAGAAAAUUAAAACACAGGAAGAAGAAUGAACUUCCAGAUGCAUUUUGGGUAAAUAUAUAGAAGUCAGUUGCAUUUUGGGUAAACUUAAACAUUCUGCAUAAACAAAUAUCACUGCAGAUUCUGGGUAGCAUAAAAAUGACACGGUGAAUGCAAAAAAGUCUAAUAUGGCAUGUCCAUUUAAAUGUGGUAGAAUUUCUUGUGUUGUGAACAAACUUGUUUUGUGCUGAUUUUUAUUAUUAUUAUUAUUAUUAUUAUUAUUCAAUGUUGAUCUAUUUUGUUAUCAACCCCAAGGCAUAUCAGUUCCUGUUUUGUCAGUUUAUACACAUUUAUUCUCUGAAUCUCUGAAAUUCAGAAGAGAUCUUGAUGGAUAUAUAUGUAUAUUACCCCUUCCACCUCUAUUUGUGCUAAUGGACUAUCCAUAAAUGUAAACAGGAAUAGUCCAUUACAGAUAUACAGGGAUGUUUGAGGUCAGAUUACUAAUAUUUCACCUCACAAGGAGUAUUUUUUCAAACUUAAGACAUCUUGCAGCGUAUGAAAAAAAAAUAGAAAAGCUAAUCAACGUUUCAGAAUGCCUUUUCAUGAUCACUUGUAAAGUAUACACUGUCUUGACAUAUUCACUAAUCAUUUUGAGGGAUAUAUUUGUGCAAACUAAAGGCUAUUUGCAAUACUUCAGACAUAAUUUAAAGUCCAUAAUAGGUUUUUUCUUUGACGUUAUAUUUUACCUUUAUUCUCUAGGCAUAAUAACUAGUUUUAUCAAGUGACUUCCUGUUUUAUUUUCUCGUUUGAACAAAAUUUACAUAAUAGUGCCUGGCAUAAAAGACAUUGCAAAAUGAAAUUUUAGGUUUAUGGUAUUGAUCAUAAUCAUGACUGAAACUUUUGAAAUCCAUGUCAAUAUUUCUUGUCAAAUGUUUUGUUUUUACUAAUAAUGAACAAUCAUAGAAAUGCAGGUUUGUAUUUUGAAUGAGACUAGUAUUAGAAUGGUUUAUUGUCUAUAUACCCUGUGAAGGUCUACAGCUAAGGAAAUACAUGCAUGAAAAUGUUACUCACACAUGUUUUGAAUGAAGUUAGUAUUUAAUAAACACUAGGCAAAAUAGGUUUCAGUUUAUGUAAAAGUCAAAUUAGGAAUUUAAUAUUCAGUCAUGAAAAACUAACAAUAGAUAUGUCAAGUUUAGAACUUGUAUCAAACUUGAAAGGGUUAAAAAAAAAAAGUCUGUAAAAAGGUCACGUUAAACUCAAUUUAGAAUAACACAAACAUGUACUUGUAGUUAAGUAUGCUUCAGUUGAAUUUUUGUUGCCUUGAAGUUAUAAAUAUAAGGACAACAAAAAAACAACAGUAUCGGUAUUUGAUCUGAUUUCGACUGUGUUAUUCUGUGUAAUCGUGUAUGUAUUUCCUGAGCUGUAGUCUAGUUUUUAUGCUUAUUAAGUAUUGUUAUAUAAAGAUCUGAAUCAUAAAUCCGCCCUUUAAUUAUUUUUAAUGACAUUUUUGUUUAGUUUUUCCAUUGUUAGCUUUUUGUUCCUAUUUUCAUUAGUGAUACAAAUGAAUAUGUGUCAUGGCUUUUACCAUUUGGUCUUAUGACUAUAAAACUAUGUUUCGUAAUUCCUGAUAACACAAAAUGUUUUUUUAUGCUUAAACUAGACAAAAUCAAUAUUUUUAAAUCAGAUGAUGCAAAAUGUAAUUUUUGUUUUAAAUAAUGUUGAUUCUUUUUGGGGGGUGGGGGAUAAACAUAAAAAGUUUGAUUUACUGUUUUUUCUGAAAUAAGUUGUCCUUUUUUUUUCAUUUUCAGCCUUAACACGAUUGGUUUUAAUGAGGAUACUAUGAAGCAUGAUUUUAUUAUGAGGUUUUGUGUGUUUUUGAUGAUUAUAUUUAUUAUUGAUUUAAUUUAUUUAUUUCUGAACUUAAUGUGUUUUGACAACAAUGAGUUAAUGGCAAAAUGAGCAUGGUCAGAUUGGCCUUGUUCAUGUGACUUUGGUCUCCACAACCUUUACAGUGCAUCCUAGGGUGUCCUUUGCUAUUCAGCAUCAUCAACACUUGAGUGUAGGUUUUGGAAAGUUGUAAAAACAAAAACCGAAAUAAUCUUUACCAAUUUUUACAUAUUUUUUUUCUGUUUAAAUGACGUUAUUUGUCACAAGAAUGGUUACUCGGUUUCAAAACAAACAGAAAUGCUGUAUUAUUUGUAUCAAAGCGAGAAACGAGUAAUAAAAGUAUAAUGAAACUUCAUAGGUUGUUUCCUAUUACCAGAAGAAUUUAAGAAAUUUACUGAAUUGUAAUAUGUGUUCUGUGUUACAAGGGACCAAUAUGAGGCCCGGGACCAAUACUUGGACAUUCUCAGACAGGAAAUAAACGCAUGUGAUCACCAUAGUUACUGUUGCCGUGUGAAAACUAGUCAACUAUUAGAACUGGAGGCAAACUCCAGUUUUGAAAUAGGCUCAUGAAAAUGGUGUAUAAAUUGCAGUCUUUAUCUUGUGCAGUCCAAAUUUCUGUAUGAUGAAAUCUUCAUUUUGAGAAAAUAAGACAGCUUGUUUAUUUUUCUUAGUUUGAUUUUCAUUUGAUAGGUUUUUUUUACAGAAUAAUUGAUGAAUUAUUUAAUAUAUUAAAUGGUGAUUCUUUGAAUGGUAAAAUCUAUUUACACUGUUUUUUUUGUUAAAGAUUUUAAAUGUUACUUGUAACCAUUCAAAUUGAUAUUUUAGACAGUUUCUGUAAAUAUGCUGAAAACAGAAAUGAAGCAGACGUUUUAUUUACUGUACACUUGGUAAUGGUUGCAGAUUGUGCAUCAUUUUCACAAGAAAAACUUAGAGACUGUCCAUUUUUUGUGCAAUAUUUAUUUAUGUGUAAAUGAUUGUGUUUGUGUACAAAAGACGAGUUCUGAAAUCUUGGGAACACAGGUGCUGGUGUUCUAGGAACAAGUCUAGCACCUUUAAGUAGUAAUUAGAUUAAGAAUCUUUGAAAACAAUCUUCUUUAUUUGAAUUUGGUGUCUUGCAAACCGAAUAGUUGAGGCUUCAACAAUAAUCUGGGCGACUAAGUGAAUAUGGAUUUAUUUCUUAGUAAUAAUCAUUUAUUAUAUGUGAUCAAAUGUAAUUCCAAAUAUUUUCAAGGAGUUACCUUUUCCUGGAAGCCUAGACAGUCAGAAUCAAAGUCUGUAUUCUCUGUAUUGCGUGCUAUUACAUCUGAAAAAAAAAAUUCAGGAGUUAAAUUUUCCAACAAAAUACAUAAACUUGAAAAUGUUAAAAUGAAAACAAAUAUAAUCAUAGAUCUGAAGUGAAGUAAGUUUGUAUUACGCCAAAUUGAAAUAAAGAAGUUUAAUUUUGAGAUCUUGAGGAACAAGCCUUACCGUAGUUUGUUGUUGGGUGAAUUUGUUUUGUAUUGUACAAUAUUUUAUUAUAUUUUAGAUUUAGUGUGCUGAAGAUAAGGAAUUGACUUACAAAAACUUACAAGUUGACGCCGGAAGGUUUCAACACAAUAUUUGUAUCUUUUAUAACAGGUACAUUGUAAUGUUUUGGUUUUUCUCUUGAGUAUAAUUAGUGUAAAAAGUUUUGUUUUCCUUGCGUAAAGGGUAACACUGCAUUUUUCGUGCAUUUUUUUUGAGAAAUAGUGAUUCUUUUCAAUAGAUGUGCAUAUGAAGACUUAUACCCGAGGUGGGGUUAAUUAAAAAAUUAAUUGUAUUAUUUUUACGGGGCUUUGUACAUGAAACAUUGUGCAUUAGAUUUUUGUUAAUGAUAUCAUAGUUACCAGAUGAUAAUGGUAACAUAUAUUGUAAAUGUCCAUGUUUUUUUUAGAAAUCAAUCAUACAUUUCAUUAAACAACAUGGGUCAUUUCAUUCCAUGUAAACAAAUUAACAUGGGACAUUCUCUCCGUGUAAACAUGAUCCAUUUUCAUUCCAUGUCAGUUUUUUGCAUGGGGACACUCAGUUUCCAUGGAAACUAUGUACACUGUUGUGGUAGUAGUUAGAUUUAUGCAAUGUUUAAUUUUUUUUGGAUCUUUUCAUUGCUUUUGAUUCUGUUUGCAAAUUUCUCACAGUAACAAUUCGUGUGGAAUUUUUGGAUUUUUUUCUUUCCUUUAAUUCUUGUCUGUAGGUCACACAACUGUAACGUUUGUCUAAUCCAUUAACAUUGACUUAGUAUUCAUGUAUGUGUACAAUAAAAUAUCUUGAUAUGAA